GUCCGCGGAGGAGAGAAGGAGGACAGCUCGGAGGCAGAAGGCAGGAGGAGCUCCCUGCAGUCAGGAGGAUGCCGCUCUCACACGCGGACCGUCUCUGAUCCGGACCUCCUCGUUACCCGUCGGCUCUAUCUGACCCACUGACCGCAGACCAGCUCCCCGCAGACAGCACCCCUUCCUCCGCUCUGCUCCCAGCCCCUCUCAUCUGGACCGGCUGCUGUCGCCAUGCCACCGGCCGCCUGCUCGCUCGGGCACCGGCUCCGCGACACCCUGCCCGCGGUGCUGUGGAUCGGGCUGCUGUGGAGCAGCAGCGUAUCGGCAGCAGAUAAAGAAGUUCACACAGUUGUCCCCUUUACCCCGUUCCCUGUGGUGACACCAAGGAGCACAAAGGAAAACAGCCCCAAAGCCAAAAGCUCCAGUGCUGUGGCUGGAGGUUUUCUGCAUUCAGUGCUUGCUCAAAACGGACAACUUGUCUCCCAGAAGGGGGCGACCCUCCCCUCUGCCCUGCCAAAGAACCUGCUCCCCCUUCUGGGCAGAGGACUCAGCAUCAGCUCCCUCCCUGGAAGACACUCCCUGGAACAUCAGGGCGGGGGAUUACUAAGGAGGGUAAAAGCCCCAGCAUCAGCUGCAGUGUCAGGCCAAGGCAGCGAUCCAACCCAGCCUGCUCUGACAGACACACAUUCCCCUCUGCCUCACACACAGACACACACUCCCGAUGAAGAAGCUGAGAUCCCCACUGUGGCCAGGAUGGUGGACGAGGACACUGAGGAUGUGGACACUGAUACAGGCACACUUUCAUCAGCUGUGCAGAGCUGCAUGGUGAAUUUGUCCGACCCGGAGGGAUACAUAGACUCCUUGGACGACCCCCCUCUGCCUGAUGGUACCUUCUUCCACUGCACCUACACCGUGACCGUGUACACCGGCUAUGGAGUGGAGCUGCAGGUGAAGAGCGUGAACCUGUCGGAGGGUGAGCACCUCUCUAUCAGGGGUGUAGAUGAACGAGGGUCCUUGCUGAUCCUGGCCAAUCAUACGCUGCUGGUCGAAGGUCAGGUGAUCCGCAGUCCCACCAACACUCUGUCCGUCUACUACCGCUCUGGACCGGAGGGAAGCAUGGGCAUCUUCCAGCUGCACUAUCAGAUCUUCAGGCUGAGCUGUUCCCUGCCGAAGAGGCCUCAUUUUGGGGAGGUGUCGGUGCUGGAUUUGCUCCCUGGAGGCAAUGCCCGUUUUCACUGCCAUAUGGGGUACCACCUCCAGGGGGAGGCGCUGCUCACCUGCCUCAAUGCCUCCCUGCCCAUGUGGAGCGGCAAGGAACCCAGCUGCAGAGCUCUUUGUGGAGGGAUAGUGAAGAAUGCCACAGUGGGGAGGGUAUUGUCCCCUUCUCCCCACCAUGGGCCAAACGCCACCCAGGACUCUUCCUGCUCCUGGUCCCUGGAGGCACCUAAGGGCCAGAGGCUGCACCUGCACCUCGAGAGACUGGCCUUGGGAUCCACUGACAGGCUGGUGUUGUGGAGCGGGCUGGACGCCGGCUCUGUGGUACUGUUCGAUUCAGGGCGCGGUGGACAGAUACCCUUUGAAGGAGUGAUCAGUGAGGGUCCAGCCGUGAGGGUCCAGUUCAUCACUGAUCAGCCUAACCACAACACAGGAUUCAACAUCCGCUAUGAAGCUUUUGAGCGUGGCCACUGCUAUGAGCCGUACCUCCAGAAUGGAAACUUCACCACCUCUGACCCUUUGUAUGGGGUUGGAGCUGUGGUUCAGUUUACGUGUGACGCAGGCCACUCGCUGGAACAAGGCCCCCCUGUUAUUGAGUGCAUCAGUGCCAGGGAUCCAUACUGGAAUGACACAGAGCCGAUUUGCAAAGCACAGUGUGGAGGAGACCUGACUGGUCCAGGGGGCGUGAUUCUGUCUCCAAACUGGCCAGAGUGGUACGGAGAGGGGGAGGACUGCAGCUGGAGGAUACAUGUCGGGGAGGACAAACGGGUGCUCCUUGAUGUACAACUACUUAACAUCAGCGACAGUGACAUGUUGACAAUUACUGAUGGAGAUGAAGUAACCACACGUAUCCUUGGGCGUUACGUGGGAGGAAGCAGCCCCUUCAAGCUCUCCUCCACAACCCCUGACCUUACUGUCACCUUCCACUCCGACCCGGCAGGGCUCGUCUUUGGAAAGGGCGAGGGCUUCAUCAUCAACUAUAUGGAGGUGUCCCGAAACGACUCCUGUCCAGACCUACCUGAGAUCCAGAACGGCUGGAAGACAACAUCCCAUGUUGCACUGGUGCGGGGGGCUCACAUCACCUACCAGUGUGACCCUGGAUAUGACCUGGUGGGAAGGGAGACCCUCAACUGCCAGCUAGACCUCUCCUGGAGCUCACAGCCCCCGUUCUGUGAAAAGAUCAUGUACUGCUCAGAUCCUGGCCACGUGGAGCACUCCACCAGGUCUCUGUCAGAUCCUAAACUUCUGGUGGGAACAACCAUUCAGUACAGCUGCAAUCCUGGCUUCAUCCUACAGGGCGGCGCCACCAUUACUUGCUAUGGCCGUGAGCCGGGGACUCCUGUCUGGACGUCUCGACUCCCUCACUGUGUCUCUGAGGAUUCUGUUUCCUGUGAAAAUCCUGGUCUCCCUGACAACGGCUACCAGAUCCUGUCCAAGAGGCUCUACCUGCCCGGCGAGUCGCUCACCUUUGUCUGUUACCAAGGUUACAAGCUCAUUGGAGAAGUUGCAAUUAAAUGCAUCCUGGGAAACCCGUCCUUCUGGAGCGGCCCUCCUCCACUCUGCAGGGCCAACCAUGACUGCUUUGGCAACCAUGCUUUGGAAGUUGCAGAGGCGACCGCAGGCUCCACUCUGGAUGGAGGGAACAUUGCACUGGCCGUCUUCAUCCUGGUCCUUCUGUUGUCUGUGCUGCUGGGAGGAGCCUACAUCUAUGUCACACGGUGCAGGUAUCACUCCAACCUACGGCUGCCACUUAUCUACCCCCACCCUUACCGACAGAUCACUGUAGAGACAGAAUUUGACAACCCUCUCUACGAGACAGGAGGGCAGGACACUCGUGAAUAUGAAGUAUCGAUAUGAGAAGCCUCACAAAAGACAUUUCUGACCCAAGACCGACCGCCUCGUCCGAACUCCUCAUCCUCUCCUACCUCCUUCUCAGCCCAGGAGGAGGCGAUGUAAAUACAAAUAGAUGAUGUCCAGUCCCUUCUGCCAUGAGAUACAGUGAUUGAUCCUGCUCUCUCCUCCUUUGACACAAUGGUUUCUGACGACAUGGUGGGAUAUAGGAGGGGAAACUUUGUAAGGAAUGUGGACUGAAGGGAUUCAAGCCCUUUUUAGUAUUAUUAUUUUUAUCAAAAGGAAGUGAAUGUUUUAGCUACAUUUCCAGAUUAUCGACAAAAAAGGAUGUUAAUGCGUGAUUCCAUACCCUCACUACUACAGCUGAGCUGCUAAUGUAGGGAACAUUUCCUACUGUGUCACAUUAAAAACAGUCAGUGGGCCAAACACAGGGUGAAUUUUACUGUGAAGCAGUCAGAGGAAAUGAAUGGGUGUGUGACUGUGAUCGUUCAACCAAAUUUCAAUAUUUUUGGCUGGAUUGCUAAAGCGAGGGUCAUUGUCUGUGACCGCCUGGUCAAUCUUGGGAAUUGUCCACUUUAAGUGUCUUGGGGAUAUAUCAACAGGAAGAAUGGAUGAGACGGACUUCAUUUUUUUUUUUUUUUAUAACCACACAGGAGUCAGUUGUUCUUACCACAAAAUUACAAUAACAGGGAUGAAAUAAUGGUGAGUGGCUGCCUUGUGCCCCUCCUAAUCAUUCCAACAAAGGACGUCGGUCUCCUGUCCCAGAACUCCCUCCUGCCUGCAGUUACCUUCAAGGCUUUUUACUCCAGGCGCUCCACUUCUGACUUUAGCUGUAGUAAAUGGUAUUUAAAUCUAUGACUUCAGGGGCCAGUGCAGUACUGUUGUCUUAUUUCUCUCAGACGUAGUUAGAUUGAUGACCUCAGGACUGAACCGGCUGAGGACUAAAAAGGAAAAUUCAAAAAACAAAACAUGUGUUGUUGCAGAUGUGGAGGUUGCAAUGUGAAUAGCAUAACUGUAGUCAACUGACCGACCUUUGAGUGCAAGCUCAAUCAACCCACCAGAUGAUGUAUUUAUUUUGAUGUACUGUAUAUGUGAUGUUUUAUGCAGAUUGAUAAAUGUACAUUUUCAUUAUGACAAGACAAAUGUCAACAUUUUCCCUAAAUAAAUGGUAAAACUUGAAUAAAAAGUACAAAACCUUCUUUGUAAAUACUG